AUGGACAAGCCGAAAAGAGAGGCAAUUCUGGACCUCGCGAAAUACCAGAAUGAAAGAAUUCGUGUCAAGUUCACUGGUGGGCGCGAAGUUACAGGUAUCUUGAAAGGAUACGACCAGUUACUGAACCUUGUCCUUGAUGAAGUAACAGAGGAGCUACAGGACCCCGAGCCCCGUACACGUUCACUAGGAUUAGUCGUUCUCAGAGGCCCAACUAUCACCCUGCUGAGCCCCGUAGAUGGCUCCGCAGAGAUCGCAAAUCCCUUUGUCGCUCAGGAAUAG